UUUCAAAUCAAAACAGAUUAUUUGGAUAUAAAAGUAUGAACAGUUGAAAAUUAUUCUCAUACGUUUCUAAAGCCCCAGCGAAAGCAGAGUGCAAAUUUUCUUUUGAUUUGUUUUGAAAAAGAUGUCAGUAGUGCCUCUAAUGUUCCGCGACUGGUGGGAUGAUUUUGAUAUGCCAAUGCGAACCUCGCGUUUGCUGGAUCAGCAUUUUGGAACUGGUUUAAAACGUGAAGAUUUGUUAUCUUCAUUAUGGAGCUCUAACCCAACCGUUUUAAGACAGGGCUAUCUUCGGCCAUGGAAACGCAGUACAAACUUGCAAAAGCAAGAAUCCGGAUCAACUUUGAACAUUGAUAGUGAAAAAUUCGAGGUUAUCUUGGAUGUGCAACAGUUUUCUCCCAACGAGAUCACAGUCAAGGUCACCGAUAAAUAUAUUGUUGUAGAAGGCAAACACGAGGAGAAACAAGACGAACAUGGUUUUGUAGCAAGACAAUUCUCAAGACGUUACCUAUUGCCAAAUGACGUCAACCCAGACAAUGUUGCUUCGUCUUUGUCCUCCGAUGGAUUGUUGACAAUCACCGCCCCCAUGAAGAAGAUUCCACCUCCACCAAGUGAGCGAGUAGUUCCAAUCACUCAGACAGGUCCAUCUAGCAAAGAAGACAAUGCUAAGAAAGUAGAGACCGCCACUUCCUAAUCAUCUACGAUGCAUUAGUCAUUGUUGUUUAGUGUAUUUUUAUUUUAAAUUUUUAUAUUUAUAUUUUAAGAUAAUAUAAAAAAUCUUUUUCUAUCGUAA